CGGUUUCUGAGCAUUGGCUCUUUCAGCGUAUAUUCGGCGGUCUCGUUCCGAAAGUUCGCCCCGUGGGUGAUGGAAUCACGUAUAAGACCCGAGAAAAGAUCAACGACAUGCACUUCUACAUCCGUGCACGAGAAAAUCCAGGGCUUCCCCCUGACAUCGUGCUUGAACGUGGGUCAAAGAGACUGAUUCUGGUUCCAC